GUAGACAUGUCCAGUAUACUCGCUGUAGUGUCUCCACUGACGCCUCAUGCGGGCAGUUGUGGAUACUGUGGACCUCCGGGAAAGCGUAGUGAACGAAAGACUAACGUUCACGCCGCGGAGCUCACCCUGUUGGACUGUUCAUGCACGGUACGCGCUUACCAGAUGAUGAUUGACCGUGGCUGGAGAAGGUCCGGCGCGUACUGCUAUAAACCUGACCUUAAGCAGUCGUGUUGUCCGCAAUAUACCAUCAAGUAUGUGUCCUAA